AUUUUGAAAAUAUGACCAUGUUUGAAGUGAGCGCUCUGUCUUCUACCCAUAUCUCCAUAUCUUUGGAACACCCUAUAGAAGAGAGUAUGGCUACGGCAGAAAUAGAUCUCACAGAUGCUUCCAACCUCAUUUGCCGAAUUCACAAUCCGGGAACACCUCCACCAGUGAACGCUCCUGAUGUAGCUUCUGAUUUGAGUACAAAAAUCCUCAACAAAUGUUUUUCCAUUCCUGUUACUCUUCGGUCCGUUAUCAAGUUGUGGGAGAAGCAGUCGUUGAGAAGGAAUCAUUAUGGUGGACAUGAAAAUUUUAGUUUACCACUCGGUUCCGGCGAUCCUGGUGGGCACAAGGACUCUUCGGGUCCCAGCAUAGUAGGCUUCGGAGGGUUGAAUGAUAAGAUCAAGCAAGAGCCUUCGGGGAGUUCAAGCCAUGGAAUGAUGAUGCAGGCCAGCCAGAGUAUGUUUUUAAGCGAAUCGAUGGCUUCGAAUUUUCAAAAUUUCCCACCUUCCGAGGGGGUGCUAGCCAAUAUGGAACUCACUAAUAUUCUUUCAGAGAAACAGGAUCCGUGGCAAAUUAACUUAAGAAAAAGCACACUCCAAGUAAAUAUGAUGAGGAGGCCCAACCUUAAAGUCAAAGAUGAGAUUUCUACCGUUGCCCUUAGCGAUAUUGAAGAUAAAAAUGCAAUUUCUUCCAACGUCAGCAUUACGGCGAUACCUGCCAGUCCGACUUUGGGAUAUGCGGUGAAUAAUGUUAAAGAAAAACGAGUGGCAGAACCUGUGACAAGUUCAAUAACUAUUACCCCGGUUUCAUCAAGUCCGUCUAAAUCUUCAGAAGAAAAAUCAAAGGAAAAGAAGAGCAGGAGUAGUAAAGAUGAUAAAACUAGGAUGGACAAAAAAAGGCGUAAGAAACAUGACGACAGUCCUAUGGGACCUCCUGAAAAAGUUCCUCACAAGCAGGACCCGUUGAAUAAACCAGUUACAGUUAGUAUCAAACCUGCUGAAUCACCUCCACCCAACUCUACUCCCACUUCACCUAAUUUGCUGAGAAAAUUCAACGUUUCUCCUACUCCAAAUAGGACCGUAUCUCUUAGUGGUAAACUCAGUCCAAAUCUGACUAAACCUAACCUUAAAUCGAGUUCUUCGUCACACCAGAGCCCAAAAAAUUCUCCCGCACACAUUUCAAGUAGCCCCAAGCACAACAUUUCCGGUAUUUCAAGUCCUAAGCAUCAUGGCACUUCCCCUAAACAUCCUUCGACCACUGGGUCUGGAAAACCUAGCAUGUCCACAUUGAAAAAUGCUGCCAACUCUCCUUCCAGCAAAGCAAGCAAUGAACCCAGAAUCAAAUCAAGUUUGAAAGAUUCCCGAGACAAAGAUAAAAAAGCAUCUAAUACGUUUGGUGUCAAUACAAAAAAUAAAAGUUCCUCCCUCAAAGUGAAAUCGCUAGAUUUAAAUAAUUGUGAAGUGAUAUCCGAUGGUUUACCGUCUCCCAGCGGAACUAGUGAUCAUUCAAAAACGAAUCCCAGUCAAGUGAAAAACCGCAAAAGUUCUUUGUCAGCUAUUGUGGAUAAACUGAAAGUCAAUGCCCAACACUGUGAUACAGCAACAGACUUAAGUAAUAAAACUAGUAGUAAUAAGGAAAGGACGAGCUCAAGUAAAUCAAAUGAAUCGAGUAAAGCAAAUGCCAAACUAGGUGAAACAAAGAACUCGGAGUACAUGGUGAAGCCAAGUUCCGACGGCAUGAAAAUCACAAUAAAUAAAACCAGGAGUAAAGACAGUCCAAGUAAUAAGUCAUCUUCAAGUUUGAGUAAAG